GCCAUUUUGCAGUUGUUGUGUAGCUAUCCCAUCUCCUCUCUUUCUCUCUCUAUCUGAAAGAUUCCCAUUAUUUAUUUUUUUUAUUACCAAACCCUUUUUCUUGGAUUCCAAAUUCUGAACCGGUUUCUGAGUUGUAAACCCACAGAUUGUAUUGGAUGUGGAGGAAGCAACAAGAAGAGAGACAAACACAUGAUUUUGAUGAUUCUGUGGAUUCUCAAUCUUCCAAAACCAAAACCCCCUUUGGAUAUGAGGACCCCUUCUCAUGGGAAGAGCAAGCCUUUGCUGAAGAUGCUGCUGGCCGCCUCGGAGGCUGCGUUUGGCCGCCACGCUCUUAUUCUUGCUCCUUUUGUAGAAGAGAGUUCCGUUCAGCUCAAGCCUUGGGCGGCCACAUGAAUGUCCACAGACGAGAUAGGGCUAGACUGAAGCAAUCCCCAAGUACUCCCAAUCACAACCCUUUCACUAAUUCCUUCCCCUUUCAUUCCCCUUCUUCUUCUUCUUCUUCUUCUUCUACUUUUUCUCAUCAUCUUCCUACCCCUAAACCCUAUUUGGUCCAUCCACCGCCCCCGAACCGACUAACUUCAAAGGCGGGGAAAGACGAGAAUUUGACAAAUUCUUGCACUAGGGUUAGAGACAACGAUCACGCUGGAAUUGGGAUUUUGGAUGACGGGUUGAAUUUCAGUUUCGGACCACCUUGGCCGACAUCAAGUUUGUUUGACGAUGACAGUGGUCGGGAGGAGGCGGGGGUGGACACCAGUUGCAAGAAGAGGAAGACGGAUUGUUAUUUUAUUAUAAGGCAAAUAUCUAAUAUUUGCUUUAUUAUCAUAGAGAUUUACCUUCGGAAU